AAACAAAGGGGAAAGACGUGGUGCAGUGAAACACAAGCAAUCCAGAGGCAAAAUGACUGACAAGCAGGGAACCCCAGACCAGCUGCCAGCAGAAAAGGGCCAAGGAGGGGCCGGAGUCACAUAUCAGUUGGCAGUUUUUGAGUUUGAGAACUUUCGGGGAAAGAAGGUGGAGUUCUCUGGUGAAUGUAAAGAUGUGAUGGAGAAGAUGCAGAAGGUCGGCUCAAUCAUCGUGGAGUCUGGACCAUGGGUGGGAUAUGAGCGUCCAGGUUUUGCAGGAGCGCAGUUUGUGCUGGAGAAAGGAGAAUAUCCCCGUUGGAGCACCUGGACCAACUGUCUGGACAGCUACAGCCUGAGCUCAUUCAAGCUUCUGAAAGUGGAUAGUGCAGAUCAUAAGCUGCACCUGUUUGAGAAUGCAGUGUUUGAAGGUAGAAUGAUGGAGAUUGUUGAUGAUGACGUCCCCAGUAUUUGGGCAUAUGGUUUCCAGGACCGUGUGGCCAGUGCAAAGGCAAUCAAUGGAACGUGGGUGGGAUACAUGUACCCAGGCUACAGAGGGCCCCAGUAUGUGUUUGAGCAUGGAGAUUUCAAGCACUGGAACGAUUGGGGAGCCAAUGCACCUCAGAUCCAGUCCGUCCGACGUGUACGGGACAUGCAGUGGCACAAGAGAGGGUGCUAUAUUGCCACCACCCCUACACCUCCCAAUCCCGCCCCCGCCCCCGCCCCCGCUCCCUGCCCCCAAUCCAAACCCAACCCCUAA